AUACAAAAAAAACCCUUAGCAAAUUUACAUUUGCCAUUCUCAAAAGAUUGUAAGUUCGAAUCAUGUUUUGUCCCAAAGAGUUUUGAAAAUUUUUCCAAUGACUAUCGAACAUUCAAAGUAAAAAGUGACGAUGUGUGGAUUCUUGGAUAUGCGAAAUCGGGCACAACAUGGACAAUGAAUAUUGUUUGGCAGUUGAAAAAUGGUUUAAAUUUUUUCAAAGAACCGAUCUCUUUUGGCACUGAUCUCUUUUUAGAACGUUCUACUACGCCGAAAAUCAUUUACAUUGCACGUAAUCCAAAAGACGUAGCUGUUUCGAGUUUUCACCACAUCAGAAAUGCGUUGAAAUACUAUUCACGGACCAUUGAAGAACAAUUCGACAUCUUCUUGGAGAAUAGAGCCCUAUAUGGACCAUUUCAUGCUUAUGUUCUUGCAAUUUGGUAAUUUCGUAACUUGGAUCAUUUUCUGUUUUUAAACUACGAGGAACAAUUGGCCGAUCGAUUUGGUGCAGUUAAAAAAAUUUCCAAAUUUCUGGAAUGUACGUAUGGAGAAGAAGAAUUGAAAGAGCUCAUGGAAUAUACCUCAAUUGGGAAUAUGCAGAAACUAUUCUUUCGAAAAGGAAUGGCUGGUGGAUUCGUUGAUGAAAUGAGUGAGGAAUAUAUCAAGAAAUUUGAUGAAUGGACAGCUGAAAAUUUAAAAUACUCGGACUUUAAAUUCGCCAUCUGAAUGAACA